AUGACGAAGACAUGGCCCUCGCCGGCCAUUCCGGCUCUGUACCGCAUCAUCUACCUGUACCUCGAGCCCGUCUCGACGCUGGUCGGAGCCAUCUACGCCCACCACUUCCAGUCUACCUAUUUGCAACUGACGCACGCCGACUCCGCGCCCGUUGAGGCCAUGCCGCUGGGCACUUCGAUCGUCCUGACCCAGCUGGCCAACUUGUACUUCCUGCUUUGCCUCAACGAGGCCCUGGUGCUGCGCGCUACCACGGAUCUCAAGGUCUGGAAGACGUUCCUCUUUGGCCUUCUCGUAGCUGAUCUCGGCCACCUGUAUUCCGUGCACCAGGUCGGAAGCUGGGUCUACUGGCGCUUUUGGGACUGGAACGCGAUUGAUAUCGGUAACGUACCGUUCGUGUACCUCCUAGCCGUCUCGCGGGUACUGUUCAUUCUCGAGGUGGGCUUUGGUAGCACCGGGGCUGCGGCAAAGAAGAAAGCAUGA